AGUGUUAUUUUCAGAUGCAUGGUGGCAUGUGAUUAUAAUAAGUAGGGUUUGGCCUAUGUUUUGUCACAAUUGCGAAGGUAGAAAGCGCCAAGUGUCCGUCAGAGGCGGGACCCUUUUUGACUCGCUUUCAGGGGCAAAACAACUAGCCUGCGUACAGAGCUCAAAUGGCGCGCCUAUAUAUACAACACCGCACUGCUCCCACUAAUUAACGGCAGAUUGAGAAAGAGAAAGAGCGAGAGAGAGAGAGAGGGAGAGAAAGAGAUGGCAAGCCUGCAGCUGCCGCAGCAAGUUGGCGAAGGAAGCAUCGUUGCUAUCAAUGUUGAGAUGGAACCUCCGAGCAGCAACAUAAGCGAAGAGUUGUACGAUCAUCAUCACCAUAAAGAUCAGAAGCACCUGCAGGAACCCAGAUGGAGAAAGUUUCUCUCUUACGUAGGCCCUGGUUUCCUCGUUUCCAUGGCUUACAUUGACCCUGGCAACUUGGAAACUGGCAUGAAAGCAGGAGCUUCCUACAGAUACGAGCUACUUUGGGUGAUCCUCGUUAGCCUCAUUUUUGCUCUCAUAAUGCAAUCUCUUGCUCUCAAUCUUGGCGUAACCACGGGAAGACACCUAGCAGAGUUAUGCAAGCUUGAGUACCCAAAGAUUGUCAACUAUUGCCUCUGGUUGCUGGCAGAGAUUUGUGUGAUAGCAGCAGAUAUUCCUGAAGUGAUUGGGACAGCCUUUGCUCUAAACAUAUUGUUCAAGAUCCCAGUGUGGGCUGGGGUUCUCAUAACGGGUUGCAGCACUCUCCUCCUUCUUGGCCUCCAGAGAUUUGGGGUGAGAAAGCUGGAACUCCUGAUCGCAGUGUUGAUAUUUUUGAUAGCUGCCUGUUUCUUUGGGGAACUGAGCCAUGUUAAACCGCCAGCGACAGAUGUGCUGAAAGGCUUGUUUAUCCCUAAACUCAGCGGCCAAGGCGCUGUCGGUGACGCCAUUGCCAUGAUUGGCACCAAUGUUGUGCCGUAUAACCUAUUUCUUCAGUCCGCCCUUGUUCUAUCCCGAAAGCCGCCAAAUUCUGCCCGAGGCAUAAAUGAUGCAUACAGAUACUUCUUGAUGGAGAGUGGAUUUGCAUGGUUCGUAGCAGUUUUGAUAAAUGUUGCGAUCAUCUCAGUGACAGGAGCUGUUUGCUCAGCCCCCAACCUCUCACAGGACGACUUAGGGCGAUGCAGUGAUAUCAACCUCGGCUCUGCUACUUUCCUUCUCAGGAAUGUGUUGGGGAAAUCAAGCUCCACCAUAUAUGCAAUUGCGCUGCUGGCCUCAGGCCAAAGCUCAACCAUUACAGGCACUUAUACUGGCCAAUUUAUCAUGCAGGGUUUCUUGGAUCUAAAGAUGAAGAAAUGGGUGAGUAACCUAAUGACAAGGUGCAUUGCCAUCGCACCCAGCCUCAUUGUCUCAAUCAUCGGUGGACCCGCCGGAGCCGGCCGCCUCAUCAUUAUCGCAUCAAUGAUACUGUCCUUUCAGCUUCCAUUUGCCCUCAUCCCUCUGCUCAAAUUCAGCAGCGGCACCACCAAGAUGGGACCCCACAAGAAUUCAAUAUAUAUUAUAGUCAUCUCAUGGAUUCUGGGGCUUGGAAUCAUUGGCAUAAACAUCUAUUUUCUAAGCACAAGCUUUGUUGGCUGGAUCAUUCAUAGCACUUUGCCCAAAUUUGCUACUAUGUUGAUCGGAAUCAUUGUGUUCCCGAUGAUGGCCGUUUAUAUUGUUGCACUCAUAUAUUUGAUGUUCCGCAAAGACACAGUGGUGACUUUCGUUGAUCCGACAAAUAUAGUUCAUGAUGCUCAAGCGCAGCUAGAGACAGGGCGCAACGGUGCCAUGGAGGCGCUGCCGGAGCCCGAGCUUGUUCCAUACAGGCACGACUUGGCUGAUAUCCCACUGCCGGAGUAACUAGGAAGUUUAUGUAGCCGACCCUAAGAGUUUCUUUUAGUGGGAAUAAGAGGUUGU